AUGGAUAAAAGUGAUAAACAAAAACUUCAAAUGUAUGGCAGAGUCAUGCCGCGUGUGUACAAUAGUGCUCGUAGUAGUUUUAAAACAAGUUCUAGUGUUAUAAGACAUAAAUCUUCAGCAAGAGGUAUUGGCGCGAAACCUUAUUCUAAUUCAAAUAAUAAGAGUAAUUCCUUCAGUGAUUUACCGAUAGUUCUAAACGAUUAUAUUCCGGAUGUAGCUCAUGAAAAGGAAGUAAAGCCUCUUUUUGUGGUCAAGCCAAAAAAGACGUUGAAAUCGUUGGUGCCAUUAAAGAACAAAAACAUACCUCCACGGUCAGUGUUACGGCCUCGCAAAUAUGACGAAAGUUCUAGUGGCAAUGUGCACGCCUCUGCUCCAUCGAUCUUAGAAGGAGACACUAAUAACUGGUCUGACUUGCAUGUUAGACAUUGCCUUUCAAGCAGAUCUCAUUCAAGAUUAAAGGAACUAAAGGAUGAAAUCCAUGCAUAUCAAGAAACAGAAAAGCUUAUGAAGCUCAGAAGUCAUCUUUAUAAGAGCUGCGGUGUUGUUUUGAAUGAUGUGGGCCAGGUAGCUAUGGACAAGGCAGUGCAGGCUGAGGAAAUUGAUAUCAGCCAAAACAAUGCAAGGUAA